UGUGUCGCCAAACAGGAGAACAUGUAAAUGUGCAUUUGGUUACUUUGGAGAUCUUUGUGACCAGGGUAAAAGAGUUUAUCCAAAGUCUCCGAAUUCAUGUUGUUUUAAUCACCAAUUUAAAAUCACUGAAUGGAAUGUUUCUUUUUAAAGUCGCAACAGUUAAUGUAACGUGUGGGAAAGACUUCAUGUCCAUCCUAGUGGGCGAAGAGUUCUUCAAGUACCACAAAGUGGACGUGGACUCCGUUCAUUUAACAAACACUACCUGUCGUGCACACAAAGAGGAGAUCAAUGGAUCGUCUUUCUUCGCAGUGCAAACACCAAUGCUCCAGUACACUGUCUGUGGAGGUAAACCUCUUGAGAAAAACAUAACGCAUGUUGCAUACUCCCUAACACUGAUGUCUGACCCAUCUAUCAAUGGGGAAAUUGUGCGAAGUCCAGCUGUUCAGAUCGAGUACAAAUGUGUCUAUCCAUACAUCCGUAGACUCAGCCUGGCAUUUCCUAUCUUCUCUUACUCCAGUGAAGUAAUGUUCAAGGUGGAUGAGGUGGAUGCCAGGGUGGAAAUGAGUUUGUUCAAAGAUCACACAUACACCGAGGCUUUCACCAGUGCACCUACAAUAAAGCUCAGCGAUCAAGUCUAUGUCCAGAUCCAAGUCACAGAGCCAGAAGACUUUUUCCAUCUGAAAGUGAAUGAGUGUUGGGCCACUCAAACAGCUCAGUCUCAUGACAAAUCAGGCUUUACCCACACACUGCUGGCAAAUGGGUGUGCAAGUGACAAAACGACUUCAUUCGUAAAACACUCGGCUCAAGAAAGGGGAAAUGGCGAGGGAUCGACUGUCCGAUAUUCCUUUGAUAUGUUUCGUUUUGAAAGCGAGCCCCACGGUUUCUACCUGCACUGUACUGUACAUCUUUGUACAGCAGAGGAUAAAAAUUCUUGUAUUUCUGAGUGUAAAUCUGUAUCCAAAAGGGAGGUGGUUUUGAAUGAGCAGGCACAAAACCUCCUGUCUUACGGACCAAUCAAACGUGAGGUCCCAGAUAGGCCCAUGCCAAAUAUCCUGGCAUUGGUAAUUCCGUUGGGAGUGAUUUGGACUCUGGGCAUCUUCCUUCUCAUCCUGAUCAGCAUCGCUAAGGCUGGAAUUAGACGACACAUGCCAAAUAGUUAAAUAAACUUGCUGUUCUGCAGCACAUAGUUGGGGGGGGGGAACUGUAACCAAGUAUGCACUGCUAACCUUUGUAAUGUUGGAGAGAAAAUCGAGUGGUCUUUAUCCAGCAAUUGUUUUAUUUUAUUCACAUCAUCUUGAACGUGUUGUCCUGAGAUGGGCAUUGAUUAAUCAAAUUGGCUUCUACUUUAUUUUUGUUUCCAUAAGAAACAUUUACAGUACUGAAUAUGAACACAAGGUGGCAGUGGGGAUUAAA